GGCCUAAAGGUCAUUGAUGAAACGCCAAAUACAUGUACAUAGGUCGACGCACUAUUCUUCCAGUGGAGAUAAUAAUCAACCUAUGGUGUUAUGCAAUUGUAGGAAUUGUCCGAUAACCUUGGCGAUAGAGUCAAUUGUUACAAAUGCCAUGCCGUCAAUGGGUUACGCAUACCAUAUAAGAUGCCUUCUAUGCACGAUGCAUUAUUAUGCACACUGACGUACGCUGACAGUGUACAUGUACAUGUGUACAUGUACAUGCCAUACGCGAAUGUGUGAACACGGGGUUUGAGGUAGUUCGUGGAAUGCUAAUCCCUGUGCACUAACUGCACGUUGCACGUCCACAUUGCUCGAAGCGGAACUUCGCGCAUAGUCCACAGCAUGCCCAACAAUUGCAGGCUGGGACGUGGUUAAACGGUCACAGCAGGUGCGGUUUCCCACAACCGUUGUAAAUUUCUGUAAGCAGGGAUAAUGGUAGUGACCUUCUCUCCGCCACAGACAUGGCGGCGUGCAGUGGAAAGGAUAUCAGGGUAGUGUGCUUGUCGACGGAUCAUCAUGAUACCCUGCCGUAACGGAAAAAGAACUCCUGCGUAUGAUGGAAGGCAGUGCCAGUUUGGUCGUGCGGUUAUUACAACAAACGCCUAUGAUUGAAAUUGUAGAAGUUCAACAAUAGAAGCCAGGACUAUUAUUGUAUUAACGAUAGACUGAUGGCCGAGGAAUUAACACCGGGACAAUGUAUGUGUACACGUGGUGGAUCAAUCAUGUCGCGUUCACGAGGUUUGCGUGACUGUGUCUGACACCGACAGCAUUAGGGUGGAUAAGAUUUGGAUGUCAUAAUUAUUGUAUGCCACAGCCAUGAGACGCAUGUUAAAAUGGCAGCUGAAACGGCUUUUUGUCCUGUGCACCAUCGGGUUCUGUUUUAUCAGCCUUGCUCGCGUACUGAUAUUUCUGAAUAUGGACUGCAAAAACAGCCUUGUGUUGAGACAACAACAUGGUGGGUCUAGUGUUGUCCGGUUGUUCUCCAAAACGGAGACCGAGGCUAAUAAAGGGAAACCACAAGGAAAUGUCGACAAGGUUGAGGAGGAUACUAAGACUGGGAAAGAGGACGAUAAGAAGGCAACCAAGGUGGCAGUAGGACCGACUGUUCCAGCCAAUACGAUACCUUUAUUCAGUGACGAUGUGAUUAACCCGCACCCCUACGAUUUCACCAUCACUAACUCUGACGCCUGCCGGGUCGGAAGGAGUAACUCCAGCGCCGAUGUCUUCCUUGUCUUACUGGUCAAGUGUGCCACGGACGAAAGCCUGGAUCGGAUGCAGAUUCGCCGGACCUGGGGCGGAGUCCGCCAACUGAGGGGCCGGCAUGUUGUGACCAUGUUCCUGGUUGGGCAGCCGGCGACGAUUCUUGAGCAAGACAAGCUCCAGAUGGAGGAUGCCAUCCACCAUGAUCUCAUCCAGGAGAACUUUCUGGACACUUACCGCAACCUGACCGUCAAGAACAUGAUGGGAUGGAGGUGGAUCGCCACUCACUGCCCAGACGCUGGCUAUGUUGCCAGCAUUGAUGCUGACAUGCACCUGAACUUGCACAACUUGAUCGAGCACCUCGAGAACUCGAGUAGCACUAACCUUGCCCAGGGACACCUAAAGCCUACAGACAAGCCGAUGAGGAACCCUGAAGACAAGGUUAACAUCAAAUGGUACACACCGCCAGAAAUGUACCCAGAGGCCACUUAUCCGCCGUUCCUUAAUGGAGCAUGCUACGUUAUGUCCAACGACGUGGCUCGGCGGAUUUUUGAGGCCUCCCUACACGUUCGAUUUCUUCCCUGGGACGAUGUCUUCGUCGGCAUCGUCUUGAAACGACUCGGGGUAACCCCCACAGCUCACAAUUCUUUCGAGCAAUUCAAGAGGCUGAGGAGAACUAGAGAUUAUUUGAAAGCUUUUUCGGGGGGAAUAGCCACGGGUAUUGGGCAUCACCGAAAAGGCCUGGAUAGCAAAGUGAUAAGUGUGUGGGACUAUCUGAGUAAAAUGCAUCGAGUCCUGGAUUCCUUCAAGCUUCUGACACCGCCCAUUCACCCAUAACCAUUUUUGCCUCUCAAUAAAUUCCAGUGCGAUUGCCUAUGGGUGUGAUUCAACUCUUGGACUCUAUUUAAACCCAAAAUAUUAAAUUAAAAAAGAGAUUGGGUCAUAUAGCCAUUUUCUUUAUUUCUUUGUACCCUAAACAUCUCACACGUAAAGAGAAAAAAGAAAAGUGAAAAGGAAGGCCAGCUGUGAAACAGUGUACGAUACAGGUCAUUGAUAGUGUACAUGUACGUAAACAAUAUGGUAAUCGUUAUUCGUUUAUUUUUUUAUUCUAAAACAUUAAGCAACAGCAGGGUAUUGCUUCGGUAUAUUAGAUAUAAAGUGGAUGAAAUUUCUGAAAAAUAUUUAUUUGGGGAACUGAGAACCUCGGAGUUUUCUGGAUGGUGUGCUUUGAUCUCGUUUAAAAGGUACAAAAGUACAUGAAUGUAUGAAUCGUUGAGAGGACUUGAGUUAAAACAAAUCCCUAAUCUGAGGGCUCUCUGUUAUUAGGAUUCUGGCAUUUAACAUUUGGUCCUUAUUGCUUUCAGAUCUAUGCACGCCCUCCGAGGUAAAAAAAAAGAUAUGAUACCGGAGCGUCGGGAUUAUUCUGUGUACACGCGUAACGGGAUCUUGCUGUCCCCCAAAUCAAGUUGUCCGCUGGAAAACGUCAACCAAGCAAGGGCAAAUUAAUAGAGGUUGUGCAUGACGACCAUGUUGCAGUAAGAGCUGUUGUUCCACCGAAAAACACACCAGUAGACUUUUUGUGCUCUCUCUCAAAAGACAGUUACCGGAGAGAUAGCUACUAUGCACAACAUGUAAAUGCAAAUUACUAGUGUAAUGUGCCACACUCAAAACUGUACCGGUAAACUUUUAUUUUCAUUUCCAUUUUCUCAACCUUAAGAGGUUUUGAAACGACUUUUUCCCUUUAUUGAAAAAGAGCCUUUUUUAUUGACCUGCACGCUGCGUAUAUUUACUGAGGUAGGCCUACACAUUCAGCUAGGCAGUGACAAAUAUACAUGUAGUUCAGUGGCGUAAGUUUGUCCCUGGAAUGGGGGGGGAACACAAUGUGACUCUACAUAGAGGUCGAUGUUAUUAAUACAUGUGCAAAUCUGUAAUACGUACAUUGUAUUCAGAAUGGCAUAUUCAUGGCUUGUUGAAAUUGUUUUCCCCAGUCUAAGUGAUAUUGAAUGCAUUUUAGUCGUUGGAAGUUGGACAAAUGCUUCACAAUCCACAAGAAGUCAAAGGGGGGGGGGAUUCAAUAGCCCAUCCCCCACCCCCUUCCAAAAGUGAGGGAAUAUUGACCCCAUCCCCCGGGAUUUACGCCCAUGAUGUAGUUUCUAAGGUUGCUGCUCACUCUGCUACGCAAAGUUGCGCGGAAGGCAUUUGCCCUUCGUGUUACAUCGAAAAAAUCCAGCAAAAUUACCGGUACGUGUAUCGGAUGUAACAAACGCAUCUGAAACGCUUCGAUCUCCUCCAUUUUUUGUACCCAACCAUUGGUUGUUAGCGCGAUGAUCAACUUUUUUUUACGAGGCUAAAAUUGAUUAAUUUCAGACCCACCGAUCCCAGUCACGUAUCGAUCAAUCUGUAAAAUCAGGGUCCUGUCCAAACAUGACAUUUUUGUUUCCGUUACAUCUGACCUGAGUAAUUUGACAUGGAAAUAUCACUGAAAUUGAUUUAAAACUAUUUGUAUUUGUUUGACAGGUAAUUUGCAUUAAUUCAUCACCCCUUGAAACUAGAGAAGGUAUUUUGAACUUACAAAAUUGUAUGUUAGACGGGGACAACGAAAAAACUUGGACCCCUAAUUUAUAGAAUGACCCGCCUGUACUAGUAGUUAUUGGACAAAUACGCAAUAAUUACUCAACUCAUCUCUGUAUUUCUUCUCGAUGUCAUGUAAAAGGUUUACGCCGUAAAAUUAGAUUGGGGAUUACACCCACGUUGAGAAAUUGUUACCUCACUGCAACUCGGUCAUUUCAGUAAAGUCAUACAAGUAUUUGAAUAGCA